AUGGAGAAAUAGUUGCCAAGAUCAACAAAUAUUCAAACCACGAUGAAAUUAAUUAAAGUAACAAUUGGAUCAGGAAUAUUUGCAAUACCUUAUGCUUAUGCUUAAGCAGGAUUGUUCUGGGGUGCUAUUUUACAAAUGCUGGUCUGUGCAACAUAAUUUAUUUCAUGGUGUACUAUGGUGAAUUGUUUAGGAGAUGCCAAGAGAUCAACAUUAAUAGAAUAUCUUUCUGAUAUAUAUGAAAAAAAUAGUUGGAUCUUCUUAAUAGGCAAAAUAUUUUCGAUCAUAUUAAAUUUUGGAUGCGGUUUGUCUUGCUUAAUUUUGUUCUAAAUUUCUAUUGGAUCAUAUUUUCAAAACAGUUUGUCUUUGUAAAUUAGUGAUAUUUUUCGUUAUGUUUAUUAUUCUAUUCGGAUUUUCUUUUGCUCUAGAUCUUCAGAUAUUUGUGCCCAUUUUAAAGUAACUACUACUUUUAGUCUACAUUUCUUUUACUUAUUUGUCCAUUUUGGCUAUUUCAGAGUUUUAGAAAUGGCAAUUAAUAGAAUCAAACGCUGA